AUGAAAAAUGAUGAAGUAUCGUCUUCUAUGACUCCUCCAAAAACAAAUAAUUUCAAAAUCAUAAAUCCUUUUCGAGUCUACCUCUCCCAAUAUUCUAUACAUAACCAAAUUAAAUCGAAAGUUUCUAAAUGUAUAGAAAUACUAAAAAAAGAAUUUGGUGAGGAUGAGAUCGAGAAAAUUGAAAAAAUUGCGAAUAUUUUCCUUAGGGAAAUUGUUCGUGAUUUUAUUAAAAAUAAUAGUAGUGGUGUAUUAUUGUUUGAUCCGUUAAAUAAUCUAUCUCGUAGAAAUACAGAAUAUUAUGAUUUAAUUCUUUAUUAUUUGAAGAAAGAAAAAAUUUUAAUUGAAGAUGAUGGAAGCGAUGUUUACAUAAUUUUAAAAGAGGCUUGUAAACAUUCAAAAGAUGAAUUUAUUGAUAGCGUGAAAAUACUAAAGCAUUUAUUUGAUGUUUACAAUUUCUAUUUAAUCAAUACUGGAUUUAACAAUUGGUAUGUAAAAAAGAUUUUUAAGAAAUUUAAUUGA